AUGGGCAUGGCUCUCAUACGCUUGCUUUGCAUUCUAGCUCUUAUACGUCAUGGUCUUGGUAGCGGUUCAAAGCAUCCAGCAACAAUUGUUGAUACUUCCACCACAGCGACCCUGUCAUAUGGAACGUUUAUUGGAAGCUCUGACUCUGGGCUUACUCAAUGGCUAGGAAUUCCGUACGCGGCUCCACCGACUGGUUCCAACAGAUUCAAACCUCCCCAAGCCCCUUUGCCUCUCAGCACACCGCUCCAAGCGACGGCAACUGGAAGCUGGUGUCCACAACCGUCGAAACAACCAGUUACGAAUACUGCUACUCCAGCGCAAUCAGAGGAUUGCUUGACUUUAAACAUUUACGCACAUAUAAAUAGCACUACUGAAAGGCUUCCUGUCAUGGUCUGGAUUCAUGGAGGAUCUUCAACAACAGGAAGUGGAUCAGCACCCACGUACAAUGGUAUAAAUCUUCUCAACGCUGUCUCAGAACGGAUCGUGAUUGUUACGAUAAAUUACAGACUUGGAGUCCUGGGGUGGUUGGCUGGUUCUGACAUGGCUGCUGCUGGUGCGCUAAACUUGGGAUUACUUGAUCAGGCGUAUGCUCUUCAAUGGGUGAGGACUUACAUUGGAGCUUUUGGAGGCAACGCGAGUCAUGUUACUGUUGCUGGGGAAUCAGCGGGGGCCGUAUCAAUCGGCCAACACCUCAUUUCUUACAAUGGCAAUCAAACAGGUUUCGAUGCCGCAAUAAUGGAAUCAGGAAGCACGUUUAGUGGUACCGCCAAACUCCCCAAUGCCACAUUUGAUCAAACAUUCUUCAAUACUUUUCUGAGCAACACAGCUUGCGCUGGAACGACUGGAUCUGCAGCUAUUAUCGCCUGUCUACGUGGUCUGACGUGGCAGGAUAUUCAGGCUUCUCAGGCCUAUGCAUCUACUGUGGCAGGCACCGCUUCAGGAGUUGGAAAUUUCCAUGCCGUAAUAGAUGGCUCUUUCUUAACUGCCUCGCCGAAUACACUUGUCGGGAAUGGAAUGGUUUCAAAAGUACCGAUUAUCAUAGGAACCAAUACCGAUGAAGGCACAAUAUUUACCACUGUCACUACAGAGGCCGCACUAUCAGCAUUUAUAACAUCCAUUUCGCUUACUCUUCCAGCCGGCAGUGCUGCAACGAUAGCAUCGCUCUAUUCUUCAUCAACAUACGGCUCGCCAUUCAAGGCAGCAUCACAAAUGUUUGCGGAUAUUGCAUUUAUAUGUCCUGCACGUGCAUUAUCACGGACGUUAUCAGCAAGAGGGUACAAUAUAUGGAGGUAUCGGUUUGAUGCGUACUUGUUGUCGGCUCAAGCGUAUUGGAAUACACUUGGUGUGUUCCAUGGAUCAGAGCUACCAUACGUUUGGAAUACGGGACUGCAAGCUUCUGAAAGUCCACUGGGUGUAGCGAUCGCGAGUCGGUGGACUCGUUUUGUAACUUAUUUCGAUCCCAAUGGCGCAGCAUCUAAUCUAAAUGGAUCAGCGUGGCCAAAAUACUCUGGCGUUACGGGACCAGACCAAGUGUUUCAAUCGACCACGCUUCCCAACUUUACCACGGAACCUGAUACAGCUAAUGAUGUUAAUUGUGAUUUUUGGACAUCUGUAGGAGCUAUAAGCGAUUAA